AUGCCGCCGCCAGAUGCUCCCGUAGUUGAGGUAAGUGGGCUGAUCUGGAGUGCUCCCAUGUUGCUGGGCCCGCAAGCAGCGAUUCAUCCGCCAUGUCAGGGGCUCGCAAUUCUGUGCAGAGAGGCGUGUCGGGUGCGCGCAGCUGACCAUCUCCUCUCGUGAUCACAGAGCUACGUGGAAGACAGUAUGGAUGAGGACUCUCUCUCCUCGCUCGGUGACUAUGACGAAGGCGCCAUGGAUGACACAGCUUUCAUGUCGGACCUGGGAUCUGGGUCGGAUGUAGGCUCUGAAGGAGAUUUGGACACCGAAGCUGAAGACGUGGACGAGGGCGAUGUAGAUGGCGAAAUGGACGUGAUGGGCGACUCUUUCAUUGGACCUGGCUCUCAGAGCGGAGCUAAUAAACGCGGAGAGGUCGAAAGUUGGUGCCGGUCGCCGAAGGCCAUCGUGACAGCACAAGAGAAGGAAAUCACGCAGAUUGAGAACAUGUUCGCCAUCAAGGUGAGUAUUUGGUUGCAACAAGGCAGCCAGCAAUGAUACCGUCAGCCUGGGAGGCCUCCCUCGAUCUCCUCGCUUUCCAAAAGCUGUGAGGUACAUGCUGGUCAAGCUUGACUGAUCACUUUUCCUGCGCUCACAGACUACCGAUGCGGCGAUCCUGCUCCGACACUUUUCUUGGAACAAGGAAAGGCUCAUCGAACGCUACAUGGAUGAUCCAGACUCGGUCGCGUCUGCUGCGGGGAUCUUGACUGCCGAAGGAUCCUCAUCACGCAUCUCUCCACGGAAGGACUUCACUUGCGAGGUCUGUUUCCUGUCGAGCGAGGACAUGCCAGGGGGAACGAUGGAUACGCUCGCGCUCAGCUGUGGCCACCGCUUUUGCACGGACUGCUACGCGAGCUACUUGACGCAGAAGAUCGGGGGCGAAGGGGAGAGCAGGCGGGUGCAGUGCUUGCAAGAAAAAUGUGUACUCAUUGUCGAUGAGAACACGGUCGGACUCGUCGCCGAGCCAGAUGUCUACGAAAGGUGAGCUGAGGCUGGUUUCUGAGCCUCAAAGUGGCGAGGCUUGCUACUAACAUGCAGUCGUGUGCGCAGAUACAAGAGGCUGCUCAAUCGAACCUACGUAGACGACAGCGCCAUCAUGCGAUGGUGUCCCGCGCCAAAUUGCGAGAAUGCCAUCGAAUGUCAUGUACCAGCGAAGGCUUUGCGAACGGUGAUUCCAACAGUCACCUGCGACUGCGGCAAUGUCUUCUGCUUCGGAUGCGGCUUGGCGUCUCACGCGCCCGCCAUUUGCCCAGUCACGAGACUUUGGUCGAAGAAAUGCGAGGAUGAUUCAGAGACCGCCAACUGGAUCUCUGCCAACACGAAGGAGUGCCCCAAAUGUGAUAGCACGAUUGAGAAGAACGGAGGGUGCAACCACAUGACCUGUAAAAAGUGCAAGCACGAGUGGUGUUGGAUUUGCUCAGGCCCGUGGUCAGAGCAUGGAAAUUCUUGGUACAAUUGCAAUCGCUUCGACGAAAAGAGCGGUCAACUUGCAAGACAUGACCAGGCAAAAUCUCGAGCAUCGUUGGCCAGGUAUUUGCACGUGAGUAGAGCGCAGAGGGAAAGCUUCGUACCAUACUUACCUCGAGUCGCGUUGCACGAUGCAUUCAGUACUUCAACCGUUUCGCCAAUCAUGAGCAAUCUGCACGACUGGAUCAAGAUUUGUAUGGUCGCACGGAAAAGAAGAUGGAGGAGAUGCAACUCACCUCGGAUUUGACCUGGAUUGAAGUGCAAUUCCUAAAGAAAGCAGUGGACACUCUAAGCGAGUGCCGCAUGACACUCAAAUGGACCUACGCAAUGGCUUACUAUUUAGAGAAGGACAACAUGACGGAGCUCUUUGAGGACAAUCAGCGAGAUUUAGAGAGGGCUGUGGAAGAGCUCAGCGGAGAGCUCGAGAAACCCAUCGAGAAGGACACUAUUCCGGCAUUGCGCCAGCGCGUUACAGACUUGACUGUUUACGUCUCCAAGAGGCGCGACAUUAUGCUUAGCGAUACGUCAGAAGGUCAUCGAGAGGGCAGGUGGAAGUGGAAUGUCAGCCUCUGA